AUGGCACUACUCAAGAAUCAAGUGGGCAAAGAUGCUACAGUUUCAUUCUACGGUGGUGUACAUGAUCAUAGUACUGCAGCGCACAAUACACUUGCCAUGAUGCGUGUUGCUAUCUGCAAGCACGGCGGUGAUGUCGAAUAUUUGAAGAAACGACUCGGCCAUGCAGCUACUCCAUCUCCAAUUUGGGCCAAUACCGAAGUCGAUGGAAAGCAAUUCUGGGUCGGAAGGUAA